CUGAAGAGCCUCGAGGAAUCAAAAUCCUUCGCCGUGGGGAUGUUUUUGGGGCGCCUCAACGCCGAGCAGGUGUUCCCCUACCCCUCAGUCCUGACCGAGGAACAAGAACAAACCCUGCGGGAGCUCGUGGGUCCCCUCAGCCGCUUUUUUGAGGAGGUGAACAACCCCUUCAAGAACGACGCCCUGGAGAAGGUGGAGGACGAGACCAUGAAAGGGUUAAAGGAGCUGGGCGCCUUCGGCCUCCAGGUGCCCCUGGAAUUUGGGGGGCUGGGGCUCAACAACACCCAGUACGCGCGGCUGGUGCAGAUCGUGGGGCAGCACGACCUGGGCGUGGGCAUCACGCUGGGCGCCCACCAGUCCAUCGGCUUCAAGGGGCUGCUGCUCUACGGGACCCCCCCCCAGAAGGAGAAAUACCUGCCCCGGCUGGCCACGGGGGAGUGGAUGGCGGCGUUCUGCCUGACGGAGCCGGGCAGCGGCUCGGACGCCGCCUCCAUCCGCACCCGCGCCACCCCCAGCCCCUGCGGCUCCUUCUGGACCCUGGACGGGGAGAAAAUCUGGAUCAGAAUCCCCGCUUUUCCCCCAAAAAUCCCCGUCUCCCACGCCUCCACGCGGAGCCAAUUUGGGGCCAAAAUCCACAAUUUUGGGGCCAUCCAGGAGAAGCUGGCCCGGAUGGCGCUGCUGCACUACGUCACCGAGUCCAUGGCCUUCAUGAUCAGCGCCAACAUGGACCGAGGCGACCCCGACUUCCAGAUCGAGGCGGCCAUCAGCAAAAUCUUCGGCUCCGAGGCUGCCUGGGCCGUGGCCGACGAGUGCAUCCAGAUCAUGGGGGGGAUGGGCUUCAUGCAGCGUACUGGUCCAUACUGGUCCAUACUGGUCCGUACUGGUCCGCAGGGCCUGGGGGCGCAGCUCCGGGGGGUGCAGGCGGCGCUCAGGGACCCCCUGGGCAACGUCGGGGUCCUGACCGGGGAGGUGACGCGGCGGCUGCGCAGGAAGGCCGGGCUGGGCUCGGGGCUCUCGCUGCAGCCCCUGGUGCACCCUGAGCUCCAGGACGGCGCCCAGCAGACCCAGCAGUGCCUGGAGCUCUUCGCCGCCACGGCCGAGGUGCUGCUGCUCAAGCACGGCAAGAGGAUCGUGGAGGAGCAGUUCUCCCUGAAGCGCGUGGCCGACGCCGCCAUCGACGUCUACGCCAUGGCCGUGGUGCUGUCGCGGGCCCACGAGCGUGUCCUGGCCGCGCUGCGGCCGCUCCCGAGCCGAAGCUUCCGGAACUUUCGGGACCUGGCGGCCGCCGUGGUGGAGAGCGAGGGGGUGGUGGUGCCCACCCCGCUGGGCUUCUGACACCCAAAAACACCCAAAAACACCCCAAAAACACCCAAAAACACCCCAAAAAACACCCUAAAACCACCCUAAAAUAACCCUGGGCUUCUGAGAGCCAAAAACACCCAAAAACACCCAAAAACACCCCAAAAUACCCCCAAAACCACCCUAAAACACCCCUGGGCUUCUGACGGCCAAAACCACCCAAAAACACCCAAAAACACCCCAAAAUACCCCAAAAACCACCCUAAAACCACCCUAAAAUAAACCUGGGCUUCUGACGGCCUAAAACACCCAAAAACACCCCAAAAACACCCAAAAACACCCCAAAAUACCCCAAAAAACACCCUAAAACACCCCUGGGCUUCUGACGGCCAAAACCACCCAAAAACACCCAAAAACACCCCAAAAUACCCCAAAAACCACCCUAAAACCACCCUAAAAUAAACCUGGGCUUCUGACGGCCUAAAACACCCAAAAACACCCCAAAAACACCCAAAAACACCCCAAAAUACCCCAAAAAACACCCUAAAACACCCCUGGGCUUCUGACGGCCAAAACCACCCAAAACCACCCCAAAAACACCCAAAAACACCCGAAAAUACCCCAAAAUACCCCAAAAACCACCCUAAAAUAACGCUGGGCUUCUGAGAGCCAAAAAACCCCCAAAAAUACUCAAAAAUACCCAAAAAACACCCAAAAAUACCCCAAAAAUACUAAAAAAAAUCCCCAAA